CUUUUAGUGAAUUCGCGAAGGUUUUUUUUAAAUAUACCAAAUAAAAAUCAUCAGAAACUAAAAAUGGCAAAAUUAAUUGACGGUAAAGCUAUUGCAAAGGACAUUCGAAACCAAAUUAAAAAUGAAAUUAGAGAAUUGAAGCAAAAUUAUCCGAAUUUUAGCCCUCGUCUUGCUAUAAUUCAAGUUGGUGGAAGAGAGGAUUCUACAUGUUAUGUUCGACAAAAAGAAAAGGCUGCUAAAGAAGCGGGAAUCGAAUUCAUGCUACAUAAGAAAGCUGAUUCUAUUACGGAAAGCGAGCUUUUAACCUCAAUCCGUGAAUUAAAUGAUAAUCCCACAAUUCACGGAUUUUUAGUUCAACUACCAUUACCAUCACACAUUAAUGAAAAAAACGUUGUUGAAACUAUCAGUCCAAAAAAGGAUGUUGACGGAUUUCAUGCAAUUAAUCUUGGAAAUUUAGCUAAAAGAAAUUGUGAACCUUUGUUUUUACCUUGUACUCCUAAAGGAAUUCUUGAAUUAUUGAAACGAUCUGGCAUUAAGAUUUCUGGUAAACAUGCGGUUGUGAUCGGUCGUAGUGAUAUCGUCGGAUUUCCUGUUUUUACACUUUUAUCACGUAGCGAUGCUACGGUUACAUUAUGUCAUUCAAAGACCGAAAAUCUUCCCGAAUUAAUCAAGACUGCGGAUAUACUUAUAGUCGCUAUAGGAAAAGCUGAAUUUGUUAAAGGAGAAUGGAUAAAACCUGGCACGGUAGUUAUUGAUGUUGGCACUAACGCAAUUGAAGAUUCUUCCAAACAAUCUGGAGUAAGAUGGGUAGGAGAUGUAGAAUUUUCUAGUGCAUCAGCUGUAGCAUCUCAUAUAAGCCCAGUACCUGGUGGUGUAGGACCGAUGACAGUAGCAAUGUUAUUACAAAAUACUGUUGAAAGUGCAAAAAGAUUUUUGCAAGAAUCUAGAGAAAGAGAUAUUUCUUUACUUCCUUUGAAGCUUUUAUCUCCUGUACCGAGUGAUAUAGACAUUGCUUCUGCUCAAACCCCUAAACCUAUUAAAGUUUUGGCUGAAGAAUUGGGAUUGAGCCCAAGUGAGUACGAAUUGUACGGAAAAUAUAAAGCGAAAGUUAAUCUUUCCGUACUUGAAAGAUUAAAGUCAAAAAAAGAUGGGAAAUACAUUGUAGUCACUGGAAUUACUCCCACGCCACUCGGAGAAGGUAAAUCAACAACCACGAUAGGAAUAGCACAAGCAUUAGGAGCGCAUUUAAGAAAACCUACGUUUGCAUGUGUAAGACAGCCAUCACAAGGACCAACAUUUGGCAUUAAAGGUGGUGCAGCAGGUGGAGGUUAUGCACAAGUUAUACCUAUGGACGAAUUUAAUUUACAUUUAACUGGUGACAUCCAUGCAGUUGUUGCCGCUAAUAACUUAUUAGCUGCCGCAAUUGACGCACGGAUGUUUCAUGAAAAAACUCAGUCAGAUAAAGCUUUAUAUAGCAGAUUAUGUCCACCUAAAAAUGGAGUUCGUAGUUUCGCACCUAUUAUGCUUAAAAGAUUACAUAAACUUGGUAUUAAUAAAACAAAUCCUGAUGACUUAACCUCGGAAGAAAUUCAAAAAUUAGUCAGGUUGGAUAUUGAUCCUGACACAAUAACAUGGCAAAGAGUUAUUGAUACAAGUGAUAGAUUUUUACGUAAAAUUACAAUAGGACAAAGUCCAACGGAAAAAGAUCAAACGAGAGUAACGGGAUUUGAUAUAGCAGUAGCAUCAGAAUGUAUGGCAGUUCUAGCUUUAAGUACAUCAUUAGCAGACAUGAGAGAAAGAUUAGGUAGAAUGGUAAUAGCCAGUAGUUUUGACAGGGGAGAAGGCAUUAAAUCUAUAACAGCUGAUGAUUUAGGUGUAGGGGGAGCAUUAACGGUAUUGAUGAAAGAUGCUAUAAAACCUAAUCUUAUGCAAACUCUUGAAGGUACUCCUGUAUUUGUACAUGCUGGGCCUUUUGCUAAUAUUGCUCAUGGUAAUAAUUCUAUAUUAGCGGAUAAAAUUGCUUUAAAAUUAGUUGGAGUUGAGGAGGGAGAAGAGGAGGAGAAAUGUGGUUAUGUUGUUACUGAAGCCGGAUUCGGUGCCGAUAUUGGAAUGGAAAAAUUUUUCAAUAUUAAAUGUAGAACAUCUGAAUUAGUGCCUGAUGCUGUUGUCCUCGUUGCUACUGUAAGAGCUCUUAAAAUGCAUGGAGGUGGUCCUGAGGUUGUACCUGGUAAACCUUUACCUGAAGUUUAUAUAAAAGAAAAUCUUGAAAUGCUAGAAAAGGGUUGCGAAAAUCUUGUUAAACAUAUUCAAAACGCAAAGAUGUUUGGAUUACCAGUUAUAGUAGCAAUAAAUCACUUUAUUACGGAUAGUAUAGCUGAAACAGAAUUAAUCCGUAAAAAAGCCAUAGAAGCUGGAGCUAAUGAUGCUAUACCUUCUUCACAUUGGGAAUUCGGUGGCAAAGGCGCAUUAGAAUUAGCUAAAUCUAUAGUAAAAGUUACUAGUUCAAGUACUAAGGAUAGCAAAGAAGAAUUUAAAUUUUUGUAUAAUUUAGAUAGAUCUAUAGAAGAAAAGAUUGAAAUUAUUGCUAAGGAAAUGUAUGGAGCUGCUGGAAUUCAAUUAAGUGAUAAAGCCCAAGAAAAAAUUCGAAGCUAUACAAAUCAGGGAUUCGACAAAUUACCCAUAUGUAUGGCGAAAACGCAUUUAUCGUUAUCACAUGACCCUAAACUUAAGGCCGUACCAAAAGAUUUCAUAGUACCUGUACGUGAUAUUAGAGCGUCUGUUGGUGCAGGAUUUUUAUAUCCUUUGUUAGGUGAAAUGCAAACUAUGCCAGGAUUACCAACACGACCUUGUUUUUAUGACGUUGAUUUAGAUACUGAAACGGGAAGAGUUUAUGGAUUAUUUUAAUAGUUUAUUAUUGCAUAUAUGGUUCAUAAUAUCAGACAAAAAUAUUAUUUAUUAUUUAUUUGAGAAAUUGUAACAAAAAUAAAUUAUUUAUUUAAAGAGUUUAUUUACAUAUAUGAUUAUUGAAAAAGGUUUGAAUUUUUGACCAUCUAACCAUCUUUCUCCAGAUUUAGAUAUUGUUUUAUUCAUGUAGUAUUAAAAACAAACAAUUAUUAUUUUCUGUACAAAAAAAAACUAUGCUAAAAAGAAUACAGAAAAAUACUUUGUAAAAUAAUACAAAAUACACUACAAAUCUUUUUUUUUUUUAAAAAAAAAAACACAAAGAAAAAAAUUAAAUACUAUUAUUAUAUAACCA